GAGAGGAGCGCGUUCUAUAAUUUUCUGUUGCUGCUUGUUUUAAGUUUGUGUUAUUUCUCGUAUUAUAGUGGUUAAUCCGUGUUAUUAUCUUGUGUAGACAUUAUUGUGAUUAUGUGUUAUCAUUUUACGUGUGCUCGAUCCGUGUGAUAAGGGUGUCAUUGCAUGGUGGGGCUGAGGAAGAAGCGGCAAAAUGGGGGACAGCUUCUUACACCUCGGCGACAUCGUGUCGCUGUACGCCGAGGGAUCCGUCGCUGGCUUCCUCAGCACUUUGGGGUUGGUGGACGACAGAUGCGUGGUGUGCCCCGAGGCUGGCGACUUGACGGAUCCGCCAAAAAAGUUCCGAGAUUGCCUGUUCAAGAUAUGCCCUAUGAACCGCUACUCAGCACAAAAGCAGUUCUGGAACACCGCCAAACAGUCUGCCAACGCGAACUCCGACACCGAUACGGGGCUGCUGAAGAGGUUGCACCAUGCCGCCGAGAUAGAGAAGAAACAAAAUGAAAUGGAGAACAAGAAGCUGUUGGGGUCGUUGGUCCAGUACGGCAGCGUUCUACAAUUGCUGCACGUGAAGUCCAACAAAUACCUCACUGUAAACAAGAGGCUGCCUGCGUUGCUGGAAAAAAACGCUAUGCGUGUACACCUGGACGCGAAUGGGAACGAGGGCUCGUGGUUUUACGUGAUACCGUUCUACAAACUCCGGUCUACCGGGGACAAUGUGGUGGUCGGAGACAAGGUGAUACUGAACCCAGUGAACGCAGGUCAACAAGUACUGCACGUGUCCUCUAACCAUGAGCUGCCUGAUAACGCUGGAUGUAUGGAGGUGAACGUGGUGAACUCGUCCACAUCCUGGAAGGUGACGCUGUUCCUGGAGCACAAAGAGAACCAGGAGGAGAUGUUGAAGGGGGGAGACGUGGUGCGGCUGUUCCACGCCGAGCAGGAGAAGUUCCUCACCAUGGACGAGUACCGCAGGCGGCACCACGUGUUCCUGCGCACCACCGGCCGCUCCAGUGCCACCGCCGCCACCAGCAGCAAAGCCUUGUGGGAGAUUGAGGUAGUCCAACACGACCCGUGCCGCGGUGGCGCUGGCCACUGGAAUUCCAUAUUCCGUUUCAAGCACCUCGCCACUGGACACUAUUUGGCUGCCGAAGCGUGCAUCAAACAGGAAGGCGCUGGUGAUGAUGCGGAAGGCGAGGAGCCGGCGUACCAGCUGAUAUCGGUCCCGCACUCGUCGGAAAUCGCCACGCUGUUCGAGCUCGACCCCACCACUAUGACGCAUUCGGACACGCCCGUGCCGCAAAGCAGUUACGUGAGGUUACAGCAUUUGUGCACGCACACAUGGGUCCACUCAACUUCGAUACCCAUAGACAAGGAAGAAGAGAAACCUGUCAUGUCGAAGGUGGGCUGUUCUGUAAUCAAGGAGGAUAAAGAGGCCUUCGCCCUCAUUUCGGUGUCGCCAAGCGAGGUGAGGGACCUGGACUUUGCCAACGACGCCUGCAAAGUGCUAUCGGCACUCUCCACCAAACUGCAGACUGGCAAUAUCGAACACAAUGAGAUGAAGGCCCUAACCUGCCUGCUACAAGAUAUAGUAUACUUCAUAGCCGGCUUUGAGAACGAGCCCAAUAAAUCCAAAGCCUUGGAUCUUGUGGUGGAGAACCCCAACAGAGACAGACAGAAACUUUUGAGAGAACAGUACAUACUGCGGCAGUUGUUCAAAAUACUUCAGGGUCCAUUCCAAGAGUCGUCAGAAGGGGAAGCGUUUCUUAAGAUUGAGGAACUGUAUGACCCGCGCUACGCUCCUUACAAGUUCAUUUUUCGACUAUGCUACCGGAUCCUACGUCUCAGCCAGCAGGACUACAGGAAAAACCAGGAAUACAUAGCGAAGCACUUCGGUUUCAUGCAGAAACAGAUCGGUUACGACAUACUUGCUGAGGACACCAUCACGGCACUCCUUCACAACAACCGGAAACUGCUCGAGAAACAUAUCACAGCUUCCGAGAUUGAGACCUUUGUUGGUUUGGUGCGCAAGAACAUGAAAACUUGGCAGUCUCGAUUCUUGGAUUACCUGAGCGACUUGUGCAUCUCGAACAAAAAGGCAAUCGCAGUCACACAGGAGCUCAUCUGCAAGAGCGUUCUUUGCGCCAACAACGCUGACAUACUCAUUGAGACCAGAAUAUGCAGUAAAGUGUCUCCUCCCAGAUUGGUGACGACGAAAUAUGAGACCGUAUCGGAGUCCGACGACACCGGUAGCAAGGUCUCCGUCGAAGAUGACGUCAUGCUUCUGUGGAACAACAAAAAGUGUUCCGCGCUGCUGUCCGCGUUGGCCAAGGAGUCGGCAGCGGACCCGCGCAGCGAGGCGGCGGCCAUCUUGGACUACUAUCGCCACCAGCUGGACCUGUUCUCCAAUAUGUGUCUCAACAGACAGUAUCUCGCGCUCAACAGUCUCUCGCAACAGCUGCAUAUUGAUCUCAUACUGAAGUGCAUGUCGAACGCGGCGCUGUCGCACGAGCUGCGCGCGUCGUUCUGCCGCCUCAUGCUGCACCUGCACGCGGACCGCGACCCGCAGGAGCCGGUCACGCCCGUCAAGUACGCGCGCCUGUGGGCGGAGGUCGCGGGCACCAUCCACGUGCACGAUUACCAAUGCGUUAAAUGUGGUCCCGAUGCUACAAGGGAGAUAGUCAAAAAACAAUUCGCGUCAACCAUCCGCUUCGUGGAAGACUACCUGUGCAACGUGGUCACCGGGACCUGGUACAUCAGUGAUCACGACCAGAACAAGUUGACCUUCGAAGUUGUCAAACUGGCGAGGGAAUUGAUCUACUUCGGGUUUUAUAGCUUUAGCGAUCUCUUGAGGCUGACAAAAACUUUGCUCAGCAUAUUGGACUGCGUAACGGCGAUGGAUUUGUUGAACGAAACGAGCAGUCUUUCGGGUGAAGUUGAGUCAACGGAAGCUGAUAUAGCACAACCGGAAGGCGGAGUGUUACGCAGCAUCGGGGAUAUGGGUGCAGUGGUGACAUCUAUUACUCUGGGAACCGUGCCACGUAAUGGGCAGCAGGUGUCAAGCGGCGGCGCGCAGCGGAACCCCUCGGCGCUGGCGCUCGCGAGGAAACACCCCCUAGUAAUGGAGACCAAGUUGAAGAUUAUAGAAAUUUUACAGUUUAUCCUAGACGUCCGGUUAGACUAUCGGAUUAGUUGCCUGCUGUCUAUAUUCAAGAAGGAGUUCGAGCAAUCUGGUGAGAAAACCGACAACAUCGGUCGGGCAGACGUAGAGGCUAUAGGUCUACAGGCUGAAGGCAUAUUUAGUUGUCGAGCGAUACAGACUGUGCCUGACCACUGUCUUCCAAAAAAUGUAGAUUUAGACGGUCUGGAUUUGGAUGGUUGCGGCGGUCGAAUGGUUCUGCGGGUACUCCUUCAGCUAUGCUCUCAGGGUGCCUCCGCGGCUUUAGUCUCUGGAGCCCUAGCGCUGCUGUUCAGACACUUCAGUCAACGGCAGGAAGUGUUGGCUGCUUUUAAACAGGUACAACUCCUCGUGUCCGACGCAGACGUGGAAUCCUACAAGCAAAUCAAAGCGGACCUCGACAUCUUGCGGCAAAGCGUGGAGAAGUCUGAGCUGUGGGUGUUCAACAAAGGGCGCAAUGGUGCUAUGGACGACAGUGAUAUAAAAGGCACAGUCGGGCCAGGAGGUGCCGUUCUGGAGCGGAAUGCAUCCCUGGACAAUGUGCUCGACACAUCCAGAACUACCAAAUACGAUCACAUGAACGAGUACAAGAAAAUCAAAGAGAUCCUGGGCCGCAUGAUAAAGUACUGCACCCAAGGCAACAGCAGCUUGGAUAAUGCGACGGGAGAAGUGACCUCGAACUCUGGUCGGCCGCGGCGCCACGAGCAACGCCUUCUACGCAACAUCGGCGUGCAUAACAUCGUUCUUGAUUUGCUGCAGGUACCUCACGAUGAAAACGACGCCGCGAUGGACGAGCUACUUGCGCUUGCGCAUGAAUUCCUGCAGCACUUCUGCCACGGCAAUCAACAGAACCAAGCUAUACUGCAUAAGCAUCUUGAUUUAUUCCUCAAUGCUGGGAUUCGCGAAGCACAAACUGUGUGCGCGAUCUUUGAAGAAAAUGCGGCGCUAUGUGCUCACGAGGGCAACGAUAAAGUGGCCGCGCAUUUCGUGCACUGCAUCGAGUCGCACGGGCGACGGCCGGCGUAUUUACGAUUUUUGAGGACUAUCGUGAAAGCCGGGGGACAGCACAUACGUCGUAGUCAAGACCUGGUUAUGCAGGAGAUGGUGAACUCCGGAGAAGACGUACUUGUAUUCUACAACGACAAAGUCACUUUCAAUUACUUUAUACAAAUGAUGCGGACGUUCAAACGAACGGGAGAAAUGCCGGAAGCUUUGACAUACCACAUUGACCUGGUAAAAUUGCUGACUUGCUGCACGCUGGGCAAGAAUGUAUACACUGAGAUCAAGUGCCACAGCCUUCUGCCCUUGGAUGACAUCGUAGCUAUGAUCACGCAUCCUGACUGCAUACCAGAGGUUAAAGAAGCGUACGUAGGAUUCUUGAACCACUGCUACAUCGACACUGAAGUGGAAAUGAAGGAGAUCUACUCCAGCAACUACAUGUGGGAUCUGUUCGAGAGGUCAUUCCUGGAGGACAUGAAUGCAAUAUUACAACCUGAUCUUCAGAUUUCCGUACCAGGGUCAUCAACAGAAAUCAGGCCUAUAAAAACGUCCAACAGCGCAAAGCAAGCGUGGGUAAACUACGUCACUGAUGUACUUAUGCAUACGAUAUGUACCUUCUUCAACUCCCCUUUUAGCGACCAGAGCACCACUGUUCAGACCCGGCAGUCAAUUUUCGUGAAACUGUUACAAACGACAUUCAGCAUCUACAAAUGUCCCUGGCUCACUCCUCCGCAAAAGCUAAAUGUAGAGAAAUGUAUACGGACACUAAGCGAAGUUGCAAAAACCAGAAGCAUAGCAAUCCCACUAGAGUUAGAAGCAAAAAUCCAAACGGUAUUCGAGAAAGCCGCGGCACUAUCGCGUCAAACCAGUAAAUGGCUUCUGGCUUCGAAGACAGCAAAACUGGAAAAGAUGGCCUCGCAGACAAAUCUACAAAACGAUAGAUCAGUGAUGGAAGGUCUGCAAGAAAUUGUGGCUCUUCUAGAAGAACAACUCCGACCAUUGCUUCAAGCGGAGCAGUCACUUCUAGUAGACAUUUUAUACAAGCCUCAUCGUCUGUUCACGAGUUCUGGGGAGUUAUCACAUCCAGACACUAGCGGAAUUUUUAUAUCCAGAUUGAUCCGACACACGGAGAAGCUUCUGGAAGAAAAAGAAGAGAAGUUGUGCGUCAAAGUGUUGCGCACGCUGCGAGAAAUGAUGGCCACAGAUCCGGAAUACGGCGAGAAGGGCAAUCAGUUACGCAGCGAACUUUUGUCGCAAUACUUUGUGGAUCGCAAGUCUGAGCCCAAGAUACAAAGCCCGACCAGCCUUAUGGUCACCCACGGACCUGGUGAAACAGUGGCACAUCAGCCGAAACCAGCGAAGGUGUUGCUUCGCACGGGGCAGAGUCUGGCACAGGUGCAGGCGCAUCUGGACAAGGAGGGCGCCUCCGACCUGGUAGUGGAACUAGUGAUAAACAGCACCAACAGACCUGCCAUCUUCCUAGAAGCGAUACAGCUAGGUAUCGCACUCCUGGAAGGAGGUAAUCCAAUCAUUCAGCGUAGCAUUUUUACAAAGCUACAAAAUGGCGAAAUAUCUAACGCAUUUCUUAAGGUGUUCUAUGAUAAAAUGCGCGAGGCCCAACAGGAGAUUCGCUCGCUAGCCGUCAACAGCACAACCACUACCACCACAGACAAGCGCUCCUCAUCCACAGACAAGCAUAAACCCAACAACACUGAUGGUAAGACGGCGCCCGGGCCCAUGGUGGUUGGCGAGGAUAUGGAUGACGAAGUGGCAAACGCCUGCGGGUCUGCGGUGCACGCGUAUUCAGAUAUACACACCAUGUCUCACGGUACAACAGCCCUAGAAGAAAUUAUGGCUGAGAAGAAACGCGAGUCAGGCAACGCGGACGUGUUACCGGCCAAAGUUGCCGUUAUGAGACCAAUCUUGCGUUUCCUACAGCUGCUGUGUGAAAACCACAAUCCUAAUUUACAGAAUCUUCUUCGCAACCAAAACAACAAAUCGAACUACAACCUCGUGUCUGAGACACUGAUGUUCUUGGAUUGUAUUUGCGGUUCCACCACUGGAGGUCUAGGCCUUCUGGGACUCUACAUCAAUGAAGGAAACGUGGCUCUUAUCAACCAAACUCUUGAGACCCUUACGGAAUAUUGUCAAGGCCCCUGUCAUGAGAACCAGAACUGUAUAGCGAUGCACGAUAGCAAUGGUCUAGAUAUAAUAACAGCUCUAAUUCUGAACGACAUCAAUCCCCUCGGCAAAACACGUAUGGACCUUGUACUCGAGCUUAAGAACAACGCUUCCAAACUUCUGCUGGCCAUCAUGGAGUCAAGAAACGAUUCUGAAAAUAAUGCUGAACGGAUACUGUACAACAUGAACCCUAAACAGUUGGUCGAUGUCGCGUGCUCCGCAUUCCAUCAGGAAAACUCAAUGGACGCAGAUUCAGACUCAGAGGAUGAUGCGCCUAUACAAGGUGUAUCUCCUAAAGAAGUUGGCCACAACAUCUACAUACUGUGCCAUCAGCUAGCGGAGCACAACAAGGAGUUGGCCACACUGGUGCGAGCCUCGCCUUCCGGACCCGCCGCGCCUGCGCUGCAGUACUACCGCACACACACAGCGCAGAUUGAGAUAGUCCGCAAAGAUCGCAGCAUGGAGCAAAUCGUGUUCCCGAUCCCGGAGAUAUGCGAGUACCUUCCCGCGGACAGUAAAAGCCGCGUGCUCCAAACGGCGGAGCGGGACGAGAAGGGCAGCAAAGUGGCCGACUUCUUCUCGCGGCUGGACAAUCUUUUCCACGAGAUGAAGUGGCAGAAAAAGCUGCGCGGUCAACCAUUUCUAUUUUGGGUAUCCUCCUACAUGUCUCUAUGGAGCACCGUGUUGUUCAACUUUGCCGUUCUAAUAAACGUGAUCGUCGCUUUCUUCUAUCCGUUUCGAGAGGAACAUCUUGAACUAGGCCAACACCUCUCCCUCGUGGUGUGGUGUGCGACGUUAGCUGCGGGCGCGCUGGUCACGUGGUUGCCUCGCAGUUCGGGAGCGCGCGCGUUGCUGGCCACGGGCAUAGUGCGUCUGCUGUUCUCCGCUGGACCGGAGCCCACUCUUUGGGCCUUGGGGAUGCUUACUAUAGUGGUGAAAGGCGUCCACCUAGUGAGCAUCAUGGGCAACCGCGGCACACUGUCCAAGUCCACUCGCAGUGUGGUCACCGACCCCGAGCUACUGUACCACGGAGUCUACCUCAUCUUCUGCUUCCUGGGCAUAUGCUGGCAUCCGUUCUUCUUUUCUGUUCUGUUGCUGGACCUGGUAUACCGCGAGGAGACUCUGCUCAACGUCAUGCGGUCAGUGACCCGCAACGGCCGGUCCAUUCUGCUGACGGCGGUGCUGGCGCUGGUACUGGUGUACAUGUUCUCCAUCGUUGGCUACAUGUUCUUCCGGGACGACUUCCUGGUCAACGUGGACAGGCUUGAUGAUGAUGACGAUCCACUGUUCGAACCGGACAAGUGUGAAACGGGCGACGACCCCGCCGCCAAGUACCGCCGCGCCGCGCAGACGCGCUUCGUGUCCGUGGGGGGCGAGUUGCGGGAGAGGAGCUGCGACUCCCUCAUCAUGUGUAUCAUCACCACUCUCAACCUGGGCCUGAGGAACGGGGGCGGGAUCGGUGAUAUUCUCCGCUCGCCGGCCAGCUUCGAGCCAUUAUACGUGGGCCGCGUGGUGUACGACCUGGUGUUCUACUUCGUGGUGAUUGUCAUCGUGCUCAACUUGAUCUUCGGUGUGAUCAUCGACACCUUCGCCGACCUGCGUAGCGAGAAGCAGCAGAAGGAGCUCAUCCUGAAAAACACGUGUUUUAUUUGUGGAUUAAACCGCUCCGCCUUCGACAACAAAAAGGUGUCCUUCGAAGAGCACAUAAAAAGUGAGCACAACAUGUGGCACUACCUGUACUUCAUGGUACUAGUGCGAGUCAAAGACCCCACGGAGUUCACCGGCCCGGAGAGCUACGUUCACUCUAUGAUCAAGAGUAACAACCUGGACUGGUUCCCGCGUCUGCGAGCGCUGUCUCUGAUGGGCGGGGGUCAGGGCGAGGGCGGCGAGUUGGAGCUCCGGAACCUGCAAGCUCAGCUGGAACGAGCGCAGGGCGCAGUCCGGGCGCUCACCGACUUGCUGACAGACCUGCGAGAUCAGAUGACGGAACAGCGCAAACAAAAGCAACGUAUCGGUCUCCUGAACUCCACAUCCGCUUACUUGCAGAACUUGCAAAUGAAUCUACCGCCGUGAGAGAAAUACUCCAUUCUUCCAUACAUACUGUAUUUUACGUGCAUUCCGGUCGGCCUUUACCCGACCAUUUUUCUUAGCUAAUGUUUUGUUGUUGUCAUCGAAGUAUUCACGUUGGAGCUCGAUAUCACGAAAAUGGAAUAUCGAAUUUUCUUACGCAUGAGUGCCAAGAAUAACACCUGAUCAAAGUAUUUUGGGAGAACACUAUCUAAAAGAAUAAUAUCCUGUGUUUUUGUGUGGUAUUUUUCAGUGGUAACGGUUAGGAAUCGCACAAUAAUAAUAAAUUAAAUUAAUAUAAGAUUAUUGCUCAGAGCCCAAGUGAGUGUGAGAUCAAACGGAAAACGUAUGGAAUUCUAAAUGUGUAGAGUUAUUAUUUAGAUUUUAUAUAAUUUUUAUUAGUG